GCUAUGUCGUGAAUAUAUUUAUACCACGACGGCUCAUUUUACCCCUUCCGAAACAUACAUCUUCGACUUGUUCUCGAACUUUGGCUAACGUGUCUGUGCUUCGUAGCCUACUAGGCACCUAGUACUGCACUUCCACAUACCUCAAGACACUCCCCGAGUAGGCAACCUACCUCCCGCCACAAUGCCCUCCUCCACAAUGCCCUCACCCCCCAAACCCCCCAUCCACGUCGCCAUAAUCGGCGGCGGCAUAACCGGCGUGAUCCUCGCCCUCGGGCUCCAGCACCGCAACAUCCCCUUCACCCUCUACGAGCGCCUGCCCGCCCUGACCGAGCUCGGCGCCGGCAUCGGGUUCAGUCCCAACGCGGAGCGCGCGCUGGCGCUGGUCGACCCCGAGGUGCACCGCGUGUACAAGCGCGUGGCGCCGACGCGGGCGGGCGGGCUGAUGGAGUACUUUCAGUGGGCCGACGGGCACGGGUCGAACGAGGUGGUGGCAAGGCUGGCGAUCGGGGUCGAUGCGUUUCAGGGGGGCAGGAGGGCGGAUUUUGUGGAGGCGUGGGCGGCGCUGGUGGAGGGGGGGAGGGUGAGGUUUGGGAUGGAGCUGGUGGAUUGCAGGAUGAAGGAAGGGGGGGACGGGAGAGUGGUGAUGAGGUUUGCGGAUGGGGAGGAGGAGGAGGCUGAUGUUGUCAUCGGCUGCGACGGCAUCCACUCCCUAACCCGGCGCCUCAUCCUCGGCCCCUCAUCCCCCUCCUCCCGACCCUCCUACACCGGGAAAUACUGCUACCGCUCCCUCGUCCCCAUGGCGCACGCCACCGCCCUCCUCGGCCCCGCGCGCACCACCUCGCGCUCCAAGUCCCUCAACCGCUUCCUGUACCUCGGCCCCGACGCGCACGUCGUCACCUACCCCGUCGCGCGCGACCAAUUCCUAAACGUCCUGCUCGUUGUCACCGACCCGGAUCCGACGUGGCGUGGGGGGAAGGGGGAGGGGGAGGGGAAGGAGCGGCACCACACGGCGCCGGGCGACAAGGAGGACGCGCUGCGCGCGGUCGAGGGGUGGAACCCGGCGAUCAGGGCGCUGGUCGGCCUGCUGCCCGACGCGCUGCAGAAGUGGGCCAUCUUCGACAUGCACGAACACCCGGCGCCGCGGUACUACGGGCUGGAUCAGGAGGGGGGAGGUGGUUGUGGUUGUGGUAGCCUGCUGGCGGUGGCCGGAGACGCGGCGCACGCUGCGGGCCCGCAUCUAGGGUCUGGCGCGGGUUUCGGGGUCGAGGAUGCGCUGGUGUUGGCGGAGCUGCUGGAGGCGGUUGGGGAGAAACUACAACUACUCCAGCAGGACGAGGGAGAGGGGGGGAAGGAGAAGAAGAAGAAAGCGGACCUGUGUCGCGCGGCGCUGGUCGCGUACAACAAUGUGCGCUACGAGCGCACGCAGUGGCUCCCGGGCGCGACGCGGGCGGUGUGCGCGUUGUUCCAUGGGCAGAACGAGGCGGUCCGGCGCGAUGAUUGGGAUACGGUGAUGCAGGAGACGAGCAAGCGGUUUCACACGAUUUGGGAUUAUGAUGUUGGGGAGAUGGUGGAGGAGGCGCGGAGGGAGUUUGAGAAGGUGGUGGGUGCUUGAUCUGCUGUACCUACCUAUCUGUCUAUGUAGGUAGGUGGUUUGGUAGGUCGGGUGCCUACAUGGACAGUGGUAAAAUUGGUAAUUGGUAUACAUAACGAAAGGGGUAUUCCUGGUGUAUGGUACUAGCCAGGCCUGCGAAAU